UAUCCCGUCUCCACAUACGGCGCGCGCGCACGGGACAAGCGCAGCGCGCUAGCGGGCCAUGGCAGUCCACGUACUUUGGUCGGUGGCUGCUCUGGUGUCGUUGAUUGGAGUGAAUACGCAAGACUAUCCACGUGGUGAUGUAGAAGAAAACCAAGUUUAUCCCGGGGAAUGGGAUACGAGCUCGAGGUCCGGCUACCCGCAGCCCACAGCUAACACGUACGGCCUAUCGCGGCGGCCGGACUUCGAUCCCCCGCGGCCGAACCCCACCUUCGGCGUCCAAUCGCGGCCAAACGCCCCCUUCGGUGACCCCCCGCGGCCGAACCCACCCUUCGGCCACAACUUCGCCGUAUACGACCCCAGUACCAGGCAACGCACCACCGUCUUCGACAGAAACUGCACAGCACCGGGCACCUGCAUCCCGAAAUGUUUCGCCGAAAAGGGAAACCGAGGUAUUCCAGGAAUGCCUGGACCGGAAGGUCCACGUGGUGCGCCAGGAUCCGAAGGUUCUCCGGGUCCUCAAGGACCGAAAGGGCAGCAGGGACCGCAGGGACCGCAAGGCCCUCGAGGUCCUAAGGGUGACAGAGGUCUACCGGGGGCUCAAGGUUUCGUUGGGUUGACUGGACCGCAGGGGGCUCAGGGUGAACCAGGUUUGCGUGGUAUUGACGGAAGAGACGGUUGCAAUGGAACCGAUGGCUUGCCGGGUCCUCAAGGUCUACCGGGAUACCCCGGUCCCCGUGGGUUGAAAGGAGGCAAGGGAGACAAAGGUGACAAAGGAGAAGCUGCGUACAUGGGUAGGUACGAGAAAGGCCAGAAGGGAGAGCCCGGCGCUGAUGGCAUGCGCGGGCCGCAGGGACCCGUGGGGCGCGACGGCCCGACCGGACCUGCAGGACCUAGAGGCGACCCUGGAGCUUUGGGCUUAACUGGACCGAAAGGUGACAAAGGAGGUAAAGGUAUAAAAGGACGAUCGAUAAGAGGUGAAAAAGGUGAUCGCGGUGAUCAAGGCGAAAAAGGCUCGGGCUGUCCUCCCUCUAAAGUAUUCGGGAACAACAAUAACGCCAUUAAAGGCGUGAAAGGGGACAGCGGGCCUAAAGGUGACAAAGGAGAACCAGGACGCAUCGGUGACAAGGGAGACACUGGGGAAAUGGGACAGCAAGGUUUGCCUGGCCAAAUGGGUAUCAAAGGAGAAAAGGGUAUUCGAGGCAAUCCAGGAGAACAGGGUCGUAUCGGAAAGUUCGGUGUCGCUGGACCUAUUGGACAGAAGGGAGACAGAGGUGACGAUGGCUUGCCAGGUCUUCCAGGAAGGCCAGGUAGUAAAGGUGAACCUGGUAGAGACGGAAUGCCAGGACAGCCUGGUAUCAAAGGUGUGCCGGGUCGACCAGGCGGUCGAACAGGUUCGAGCGGCCCACCUGGCCCACAAGGACCUAGAGGAUACGACGGACCUGCCGGCCCUCCGGGUACAGACGGCAGACCCGGUGAAAGAGGUGAAACGGGACCGAUGGGCCCACGAGGAGGGCAAGGCAAACCCGGUGCUCCUGGAAUCGAGGGACCAGCUGGAUUAAAAGGACAAAAGGGAGAGGCUGGACUAGAUGGCUUACGAGGAGAUGUUGGACCGCGCGGUGUACCUGGAGACUCAGGGCCCCAGGGACCAAGAGGCCCUAAGGGUGAAUCUGGAUUCUCGAUUCCGGGUCCUAAAGGAUCUAGUGGGUACCAUGGAAGAGAUGGCGACAAAGGCCAAAAAGGUGAAAAGGGUUACCAAGGAUUACGAGGUGAAUCUGGUAAUUCUACAUUAGGUACUCCCGGAAGCCCAGGUGAAAUGGGACCGCAAGGUGAAAAGGGUGAUAAAGGAAGUUCCGGUCUCGACGGUCAACCCGGAAAUCCAGGUCCAAAAGGAGACAUCGGGGGUCGGUGUAAUGAAUGCUUCCCUGGUCAGCCAGGUCGGAAAGGUGAUAGAGGAUUAGACGGAACUCCAGGAGAGCCUGGAGUACGUGGACCACCCGGUCGAGAUGGAGCUCCAGGAGAACGUGGCACGGAUGGAGCAGAUGGAGAACCUGGGUCUCCAGGUGCACCGGGAGAGAGAGGCACUGAAGGACCAAUAGGACCUCCCGGUGAAAGAGGAGACAGUGCCAUUAUACCUUCUGAUUUAAUAAAAGGGCCACCUGGAGAAAAGGGUAACACAGGCGAAAGAGGUCCUAGGGGUGUCAAAGGGGAAAGAGGACCGCCCGGACCAAGGGGAGAUCGCGGCUUGCAAGGCAUGCCGGGGCAAAAGGGAGACCAAGGUAGAAUGGGUCAACGUGGACAAGACGGUAUACCCGGAGAAGAUGGAUUACCCGGCUUAGAUGGCGCAAAAGGAGCUUCUAUUAAAGGAGAAAAGGGAUAUUUCGGUGAACCUGGAGAAAAAGGUGAUAGAGGGUUCUCAGGAAGAAUGGGAGAAAAGGGUGAACCAGGAAAUUGCCCUAAUAGCUUAAUAGAUCUCACAAAGGGUGAUAAGGGAUCUCAAGGUUUUCAAGGGCCUCCAGGACCCCAAGGAAUUAAAGGUGACAAAGGUAACCAAGGACGUACAGGUGCUACAGGAUUUAAAGGUGAACCUGGAUUAGACGGUAGGCCAGGAGCUGUUGGGCCUCGCGGAACACCUGGACUUAAAGGCGAUAAAGGAGAAUUGGGUUCCAUGGGUUUUCCAGGAACAACAGGAGAGGUGGGACCUAGAGGUUUCCCAGGUACUCCCGGAAAUACAGGAGAUAAAGGAGAAAUUGGUCCAUCUAUGCCCGGUCCGAGAGGUCAACCUGGUCUGAAAGGUGACAAAGGUGAUGAGGGCCCAAGAGGUUCAACAGGUCCGCCAGGUUUUGACGGUCCUAAAGGUCUUACUGGACUAAGUGGUGAGAAAGGAGAUGCAGGCAUUCCCGGACGACCGGGUCUUCAAGGUCUUCAAGGAGAAAAGGGUGACAAUGGUCCUGUAGGUCCCCCAGGAAGACCUGGAUUUGAUGGCAUCCCAGGAAGAGAUGGACAAAAAGGACAACAAGGAUUCCCUGGACGCCCAGGUAAUCCCGGUGUAAUUGGUCUUCCCGGUAAAAAAGGUGAACCAGGGACACCUGGACGUGAAGGACCAAAAGGAUUUCCGGGAACAAGAGGGUUCAAAGGAGUACGAGGUAAUCCCGGUGUUCCUGGCAACCCAGGAGAUAAGGGAGAUAAGGGAGAUAGAGGCUACUCAGGACAGCCUGGAUCACCAGGCUUAGACGGACCAGAAGGUAGACCUGGAGUACUCGGAGAAAAAGGUGAUAAAGGUAUUGCUGGACCAUAUGGUUCACCAGGCUUCCCGGGAGCGCUAGGUGAAAAAGGUGAUUUAGGUUUACCUGGUCCUAGAGGUCCAAAGGGAGAACCAGGCUUAGCAGCUGAAAAGGGCGUUAAAGGAGAACCUGGAUUAUAUGGUGCACCAGGAAAGGAUGGCUUACCAGGCCUUAUUGGGGAUAAGGGGGACAAAGGUGACAUAGGAUUACCUGGAUACGGUCGCCCUGGAGCUCCUGGUUUAAAAGGAGAUAUUGGCCCACCUGGAAUAGAUGGUAUUCCUGGAUUCAAAGGCGAAACAGGUCCCCGUGGUUUCCCAGGUCUAGCGGGUCCUAAAGGAGACCGAGGUUUUCCUGGGCAAGAUGGAGUGCCUGGUGUUCCUGGCAUGGAUGGCCCUGUGGGUGCUCCAGGUGAAGCGGGAUGGCCUGGAGUAGACGGUCCUAAAGGUGGUAAGGGUGAUAGAGGCUUUCCGGGAAGAGAUGGGUUAAAUGGAACUAAAGGAGAAAGGGGUUUGCAGGGCCCAGCUGGACCUCCUGGACCUUUGGGAUAUCCAGGUCCUCCAGGUGAUAUAGGAAUGCCAGGGCUUUCUAUUGACAUCAAGGGUGAUAAAGGAGAAACUGGUUUACCGGGCCAGCCUGGCCUUAAAGGAGACAAAGGAGAAAGAGGUCGGGAUGGCAUCGAAGGAAUAAAAGGACAAAAGGGAGAAAUUGGAUUGAUGGGAUUCAAAGGAGAACAGGGUUUGGAAGGCCUUCAGGGUGACAAAGGUGACACGGGACCAGCGGGACCGGGUGGAAUACCGGGACGCACCAUUAAAGGAGAAAAGGGGCUUCCUGGUCUACCAGGAAAACAUGGCCGAGCCGGUAAUACGGGUACACGAGGAGAAAAAGGAGAACAAGGCUUACAAGGUUUGCCGGGAUCUACGGGUCCACCCGGAAGACCUGGGUUACCAGGUCCCAUGGGUUUGAAAGGUGACACGGGUCCUGAAGGACUUGCUGGACCGCCAGGACGUGACGGUAGCCCAGGUACACCAGGACCACCAGGAUUCCGAGGCCAAAAGGGAGAAAGAGGUGAAAAAGGUGCAAUAGGAUUUGGCUUGCCAGGUGAAAGAGGAGAUCAAGGUCCUCCUGGGUUACCUGGUAUUAUGGGACAAAAAGGUGAAAGGGGUGAACGUGGAUCCGAUGGCUUCAGUGGUAUACAAGGACCUAUGGGUGUCCAAGGUGAUAAGGGAGAUAAAGGAAUGUUUGGUAUACAAGGUUUCAGAGGGUAUGAAGGUCCAAAGGGUGACAAAGGUGAAGCGGCUGCAAUUAUAUAUGGCCGAAAGGGUGAAACAGGACCACCGGGUCGUCCAGGACAGGACGGAGUUCCGGGCUUUGAUGGACCACCAGGUGAGAAGGGUAUGGAUGGUAUCCAAGGGCCAAAAGGAGAUAAGGGGCCACCUGGUCCAAGAGGACCACAAGGACCUAGAGGACUUCAAGGAUUUGCCGGCUUGCAAGGUGAUAGAGGAGAGGCCGGUUUACAAGGAUUGCCCGGUUCGCCUGGAGCUCCUGGACAGCCAUGCGUCACAACUGAUUAUCUGAAUGGCAUUCUUCUGGUAAAACAUAGUCAAACGGAAAUGGUACCGCACUGUGAACCUGGUCAUGUUAAAUUGUGGGAUGGAUAUUCACUUCUUUACAUAGACGGCAACGAAAGGGCCCACAACCAAGAUUUAGGUUACGCCGGGUCUUGUAUUAGAAAAUUCAGUACAAUGCCAUUCUUGUUCUGUGAUCUAAAUGACGUUUGCAACUACGCUAGCCGAAACGAUAGAAGCUACUGGUUAUCGACUAACGAACCUAUUCCUAUGAUGCCAGUCGAAAAUCAGGAAAUUUCUAAAUAUAUAUCGAGAUGUGUGGUAUGUGAGGUGCCCGCUAAUGUAAUAGCUGUACAUAGUCAGACGAUAGAAGUGCCCACAUGCCCCGGUGGCUGGAGUACGUUAUGGAUAGGAUACAGUUUUAUUAUGCACACUGGAGCAGGUGGACAGGGCGGUGGACAGGCUCUGGCCAGCCCUGGAUCUUGUUUAGAAGACUUUAGAGCGACUCCGUUCAUAGAAUGUAACGGUGAGGGCGGUACGUGUCAUCACUUCGCCAACAAACUCAGUUUCUGGUUGACAAUCAUAGAAGAUAACAAACAAUUUUCGAAGCCCGAACGUGAAACACUAAAAGCUGGAAAGCUUCUAGAGAGAGUUUCACGUUGCGCUGUAUGUAUAAAGAAUACUACAUAAAUGUUGUAACAAUAUUUAGUACAAAGGAGCCACGAAAAAGCUAUGGUGAUAAGUUAAAAUAAUAUAUUCAAUUCAACAUAAUAUUAUAAAAUAUUGAUUCGGUGCCAUUAUGACUUAUGAGUAAAAUAUACAAAGAGCCAUAAGUUGUCUUUACCUUUUUGAUUUUAAACAGAAACAACGUUUUAACAUAAUUUAACCAAAGUAAAGUACCUUCCAUAAGAUUAUUUUAAGUUUAUAUAAUGCUAUGCUUUAUAAUAAUAUUUUUACGACUACCUUUCUUCAUACUGUGU